UUGCCCCGCCUCCUGGGCCGUCAGCCACACCCCUUCCUCACACACACGGAAACCGAGAGAGAAACGGAGCGUAAGAGAGGGACCUUCAGCCAGGGGUGUGGCCUGCAGAGCGUGGCGCUACAGCUGGACGCUAGGUCAGUCAGCUGGUUCACAGGGCUGAGGGGUUGGACGAGAUACUGCUGCUACUGGGGUUGAGGACUGGCUUAAGUGAAGGACACAGAGCUAAAAUAAAAAGGUUCAGCGCAGUCAGCACGAUGACUGAAGGGGACUAUGAUUACCUGAUCAAGCUCCUGGCUCUGGGGGACUCUGGAGUAGGGAAGACAACGUUUCUAUACAGGUACACAGACAACAAGUUCAACCCCAAGUUCAUCACCACGGUGGGAAUAGACUUCAGGGAAAAGAGAGUGGUGUACACAGCGUCGGGCCCCAAUGGAACCACAGGGAAGACUUUUAAAGUUCACCUCCAGCUCUGGGAUACGGCUGGACAGGAGAGGUUCCGGAGCCUGACUACAGCCUUCUUCAGAGAUGCCAUGGGCUUCCUGCUGAUGUUUGACCUCACCAGCCAACAGAGCUUUCUCAACGUCCGUAACUGGAUGAGCCAGCUGCAGGCCAAUGCGUACUGUGAGAACCCAGACAUUGUGUUGGUGGGCAACAAGGCAGACCUGGCGGACCAGAGAGAGGUGCAGGAGAAGCACGCUAAGGAACUAGCCGACAAGUACGGGAUCCCGUACUUUGAGACGUCGGCAGCGACGGGUUCUGAGGUGGACAAGGCGGUCCUCACUCUACUAGACCUGGUCAUGAAGAGGAUGGAACAGUGUGUCGACAAGCCCACCGCCGAGCCCGCCAACGGGGGAGGGGCCACCAAACUGGAGGACGCUGCGCCUGACCAGAAGAAGUGUGCAUGCUAGACCUGGCCUCUUCCACGUCCCCUUCUCCCUACUCUGGUUGGUCCUCUAGUGCGCCCUCUGGUGGCCAGACGCAGAAGGGCAGCAGCGUGGCCACAGCAUGAUGUGUGAGGGGGCAGCUCAGUCAGCCACACUGCAAUGGGGCUGUGGUUCUGGCCUUGCAUGGCCUGUGUGUACUGUGCUGGGCCUGGCUAUGUGUCUCUCCUGCCUGUCCUGUGUUGUGUUGUAUUGUGUCUCAAAUCUCACCCUGUUCCCUUACAAAUAGGGCAUUACAUUUGACCAGAGCCUAUAAGGGUGUGCACUAUGUACGUUGCCUUGGACGUAAUGGACAAGACAGCGGGACGAGGUGGAGCUGAGUUCAUUAUCUCCAAGGUAAUGUACACAACGGAGGCAUUUAUCCCGCUUAUACCACAGUUGCCAAAGAAAACAAUACUGAAGUAGACAUUUUCUGGUGGAAAUGUUUUCAUAGAUUUUUUAUUUAUUUUAAAUUCAUUAAAAGUCAAAUUAAUACUUUUUCCAUCCUCCCAUUGAAACCUGAUUGUUAGUCCCGUUGCCAGAGAUGCGACCCAGUUGUUCAUUCUGUCUGUUCCACGGACGUUUUUAUUCGGUUGAAACCUGAUUGUUAGUCCCGUUGCCAGAGAUGCGACUCAGUUGUUCAUUCUGUCUGUUCCACGGACGUUUUUAUUCGGUUGAAACCUGAUUGUUAGUCCCGUUGCCAGAGAUGCGACCCAGUUGUUCAUUCUGUCUGUUCCACGGACGUUUUUAUUCGGUUGAAACCUGAUUGUUAGUCCCGUUGCCAGAGAUGCGACUCAGUUGUUCAUUCUGUCUGUUCCACGGACGUUUUUAUUCGGUUGCCAUGCUGACUUGCUUGCUAGCUAGUGAACUAUUUUUAACACAAUCACAUCAACCUCUGCAGCCAGAAUAACAGCAAAGUAGCUGCGUUUUGAGUAAGCUGUUUUCUAGUGACAAUUAAUUUGGAUACAUCCAUAACAAUGAGUUGAUGAUGAUGAUGAUGAGCGAUUUUGGCAUUGAACAGUUUGCGUUCGCGUCACGACACUGUUCAUUAUGAGGAGAGCGCAUUGCAUAUUUACAUUUUUGAGUCAUUUAGCAGACGCUCUUAUCCAGAGUGACUUGCAGUAGCAAUUAGGGUUAAGUACCUUGCUCAAGGGCACAUUGCUCACCUAGUCCGCUCUGGGAUUCGAACCAGCGACCUUUCGGUUACUGGCCCAAUGCUCUUUACUGCUAGGCUAGCUGCCGCUCUUAUCGAACACGUCAAACACUAGGCUUGAACAUAGCUAAACAGUUUGUUGCUAGCAAACAUGCCAAUAUGACAAAUCGAAUUUAACAAUAUCAGUUGCUGAAAACAGCUGUUUAAAAUAGAAAAGUGGGAGUGUUUGACAGCAUAGCUCCACUUGCAACAUUGAAGGACCGGAAAAAUGUUAUGUUCAUCCCAUCACUCACCACGUUAGGUUCAUCCAGAGGUCUCUGCAAAAAAAUAAAUGAAUGCUAGCUAGCUAGUUAGCGAAGUUUUUCCCGGUUGGACUUGCGUUUACAAUGUAUCCAAUAUAGGUUUGUGUGGUUGUUGGUUUAUCUUUCUGUAACCACAGUCUGCAUGUGUAGUGCUUUAUAAUGCGUCAUGAUUAGCUAUCCCAUAUAUCUGUCCCAGACACAUCCAACUGUCUUCUAUAUUUGGUUCUAAUGCCCAUUCUAGAAUGCCCUUCUAGCCAAUCAGAAAUGAGUAUUCAACAACGCUGUGGUAUAAAUAGGGAAUAGGUUGCCAUUUGGGACAAAAGCCUGGCCUACCGGAGGCCUACGCUUUAUCAGACUUUAUAUCCUCAUGUUGUUUAGAAGUAUUUGUCCAAUCUAAUCUACUGCCUUGGCUUGUAAGGCCCCAUCCGUACAGUACCAAUAUUAAAAUCUUAUUUACUGCCUUGGCUUGUAAGGCCCCAUCCGUACAGUACCAAUAUUAAAAUCUUAUUUACUGCCUUGGCUUGUAAGGCCCCAUCCGUACAGUACCAAUAUUAAAAUCGAAUCUACUGCCUUGGCUUUUAAGGCCCCAUCCGUACAGUACCAAUAUUAAAAUCAUAAAGCAUUUGACCAGUUAUUUAUAUAUGAUUUUAGAUUUUGUGUAUUUAAAUUUAAAGUUCUUAUUCUAGAGUUGUAUGUUUAACUUUUUUGUUUUAGAUCAGAUUGUCAUUACAGUAAAUGUGAUCCGUUAGAUUAUGGUUCAACACACUCAUUAAAUUUACAGUAAAUGUGAUCCGUUAGAUUAUGGUUCAACACACUCAUUAAAUUUACAGUAAAUGUGAUCCGUUAGAUUAUGGUUCAACACACUCAUUAAAUUUACAGUAAAUGUGAUCCGUUAGAUUAUGGUUCAACACACUCAUUACAUUUACAGUAAAUGUGAUCCGUUAGAUUAUGGUUCAACACACUCAUUAAAUUUACAGUAAAUGUGAUCCGUUAGAUUAUGGUUCAACACACUCAUUAAAUUUACAGUAAAUCUAAUCCGUUAGAUUAUGGUUCAACACACUCAUUAAAUUUACAGUAAAUCUAAUCCGUUUAGAUUAUGGUUCAACACACUCAUUAAAUUUACAGUAAAUCUAAUCCGUUUAGAUUAUGGUUCAACACACUCAUUAAAUUUACAGUAAAUCUAAUCCGUUUAGAUUAUGGUUCAACACACUCAUUAAAUUUACAGUAAAUGUGAUCCGUUAGAUUAUGGUUCAACACACUCAUUACAUUUACAGUAAAUCUAAUCCGUUUAGAUUAUGGUUCAACACACUCAUUAAAUUUACAGUAAAUGUGAUUCCCAUUUUAAUAGUACUUUUUGACAACAGUGUGUGUAGCUAAAUGUGCAUAAAAGACAGUAAGGUAUGAUCAACUUUAUCAUAUUGUAAUAUCACUCAGUCAAGACUGAUAUAAUAUUACUGUCAGGAAAAUACAUCGCCAAGCAGUAAAUAUCUCAUUGAUGAUAACUGCUGUUGGUCUGUCUGUCUGUCUGUGCCAAAAUGAAUUGGUCACAUACACAUAUUUUGCCUAUGUUAUUUCGGGUGUAGCGAAAUGCUUGUGUUCCUAGCUACAACAGUGCCGUGAUAUCUAACCAGGUUAGGAGUGUCUGUCUGUCUGUGGUUUUGUUACCAAGGGCCUUUUGACAUUCCUAGCUACUAAUCUCGUGUGACAGACUUUUAACAUCAAAUCUAGCUACAGUAGUUGGCUAGUACACGCAAGAUGUAGUUCUGUGUUCCGUGAUGAUGUCGCUACAGACGUAGCGUGUCACAACCACCAGCUUUUACAGGACUUACUCCGCUUCUCACGGGCCUGGCUAGUGCCAACACAAGUGUUUAACAACCACUGCCCCCCCCCCCACCCACCUUUUCUUACACCUGAAAGUAACAUCCUCAACUUUUCUAUAACACAAUAAUAACAUGAUGGUACAUAGGGACCAAGACAGACAGGCAGUCAGUGUUAACAACUAGUAUUGUGUUUAAGACAAGACAAAAGUCCAUAAUGUACUAUCUGUUCUGUAUAUAACUGAUGUGGAAUUAGUGUUUAAUAAACCUGAUUGUAGGA